AUGGCUCCCUCUCUACACCCUCUCGUUGACAAUGGUAUCACCCCAGGCUCCAGUAGCUUCGCUGGCGGGAAGCUUCGUUGCCAUUGCGCAUCGGACAAGGUGGAAGUUACUCUGAGUAGCAAUGUCGCCCACAAUCAUGCCUGUGGCUGCUCAAAAUGCUGGAAGCCAACCGGCUCGCUCUUUUCCAUCGUCGGCGUUGUUCCUCGUGAUGCCGUCUCCGUGACCGCAAAUGCAUCCAAACUCUCUAUUGUUGACAAAGAAGCGACCAUCCAACGAAACGCCUGCAAGGACUGCGGUGUUCACCUCUUCGGCCGUAUCGAGAAGGACCACCCCUUCAAGGGACUCGACUUUGUGCACGUCGAACUAUCCGACGAGCAGGGCUGGCAGGAACCGCAAUUCGCAGCGUUUGUCUCGUCCAUCAUUGAACAAGGCACCCACCCCAACCAAAUGGACGAUGUAAGGGCCAAAUUCAAGUCCGUUGGACUGCAAACCUACGACGUUCUGUCCCCACCGCUGAUGGAUCUGAUUUCGACGUUCACAGCCCAGAAGGCUGGUCACAUAUUCUCCAACCUGUGA